GGUGGUGGCGGGGACAAACAGGUCUGCAUGUGAGCCAGCGCCAGUGGGACUGCUUCUAAUGUUAAGUGGAUCCGGCACACAAACGUCUGACUGCCAGGACGCCCGGAUCGGGGUUCGAAGAGUGCGAGGUGCGGCGAGUAAAGCGAGAGACAAGUAAGAAUCACUGCGAACAUCCACACCAAGCCCAGUCCAGGCAUUAGUCACGCGACCACGUCUGUUGUUACGGGAAACGUUAAGACACCUUUGUUGUCUCCGGGCUGCUAACCUCGGAGAUGCCAGGGUAAACCUUCUUCUCCCAAGGAGUUGUGGCGAAGGUUAGAGGUCAAGAACAGACUAGUCGGCUACUCGUCCUGGGGUCCUACCAUUGGCGGAGAGUGCUCACGUGAAGCAGGCGCCGUCUUCUCGCGAGACCACCCGCAGCAUGUGGCUAUGGCGUGAGCACAUCCGGGCCUCUCCCAUCAGCGUCCCCGGCCCCAAGAUGGCUCCCUUUUGGCGUCUCUGGCGCUGUUGAAUGGAGAAAGCUUUAUUGUUCCCUUCGGGCAGGAGUGUUCGUGUCCUCUAUGGCGCUGUCAAUAAAGAACGGCAGUUUGAAUCGGUCCUGAACAGGGCUGAUCCUCACUAGGUGGCAUCUGGAGGGAGAGAGGAAGGAGCCACACCAUGGAACUCCCCAACUACAGCCAGCAGCUGCUGCUGCAGCUCUACGCCCUGUGCAAGGAACAGCGGUUCUGUGAUUGCACUAUUUCCAUCGGCAACAUCUACUUCAGGGCCCAUAAGCUCGUCCUGGCCGCGGCUAGCCUCCUGUUUAAAACCUUGCUGGACAGCACAGAUGCCAUCUCCAUUGAUGCAUCUGUGGUGAGCCCUGAGGAGUUUGCCCUCUUGCUAGAAAUGACAUACACCGGCAAGCUCCCCGUGGGCAAGCACAACUUCUCUAAGAUCAUCUCCUUAGCAGAUAGCCUGCAGAUGUUUGAUGUGGCUGUUGGUUGUAAAAAUCUUCUGACCAACCUUGUAAACUGCUCUGUCCAGGGGCAGGUGGUAAGGGACAUCUCGGUGCUGUCCUCAGAGGCAGGUGGCAAGGACUCAGAGAAGCCUUCAGUAGAAGUCAUUUCUUCUGAAGGUCCUGGGGAGCCUUCUUCUUCCCUGGAAGUUUCUACCACACCAGCAGGCCCUGAGAAAGCCAAGACCCAGGACAUAAUUCACAUGGCUACCCAAGAGGUAAAUUCAGGUCCUCCCAUUGUCCAUGUGGCUGCAGAGAUCACAGGGGUGAUGCCUCAUACAGCUGAAGUAUGUUCCUCUUCCCCUGUUGGACAGAUCUCAAGUGAGGCAAAGAAAGCCAUCCCAGAAACAGAGUGUGACAGGAAGCAGGACCAGAUGAAUUUCCUGCUAGAACAUGAAGGUGUCUUCUCAAAUGCAGUCUUGCUCGCCCAGAACACAUUGAGAAGACUGGAGGAAUGCUCAGAGAUUAAAGGCCCUCAGAAGGAGACCAUAAUGGGAUGUCUUAAGGAUGAAAGAGAAGGCUCAGCAUUCCAGAGACUCCUGGACAAAGUGCGUGAUGGGCGCCUGGAUGUGCAGGUGGUCUUGUCUCUGAUGAGACUGUGCCAGGAGUCCAUGCCUGCUGAGAAGGUGUCUCAGCCUCAGCCACAAGGGAGCGCAGGGGAGGGAAAGACCUUGUCUGUUCUGUUACUGGAACACAAAGAGGACCUGAUCCAGUGUGUAACAGAGCUCAGACCUAUUGUGGAGUUCCUGGAAACAGCCAAGGAGGAAUUCCUGCCUGUCUCCGAAAAAAGGGUGAUUCUGAACUGCUGUGAGGGCAGAACACCCAAGGAGACGAUAGAGAGUUUGUUACACAGAAUGGCUGAAGAGAAGACCCUGCCUGCCGAGAGCCUGCUAAAACUCCUCCAGGCUGUGAGAACAGCAUUCCCAAACCUGAGCCUCCUGCUGGAGAAUUUGCAGAAAGUAGCAGAGUCACCUGGCACCACAGGGCUGCCCAGGGUCACCUGUGAAACUGAACAGACAGAGGGAUCCAGGAGGCUGUGCAUUCCAACAGACUCUGUGGAUGGAUCCCACCCUAACCCUGAGGACUACGGCGCUGAGCUGCUGAGAAAGUACCAGGAAAACCUAUCUGAGGUGCUCACAGACAACCAGGUGCUGCGAGAGGCAAUCUCACGUGUGAAGAACGUAGCCCCUGGAGACAGAGAGGUUAUGGAGGCACUCGUGAGACAGGCCUCUGGCUCAGGUGGCUUCAACUCCAUGAUGUCAGCAGCUCUGGAAAGGCAGACUCUCUCUGCAACAGCCAUCUGGCAGCUGCUGCUAGUAGCUCAAGAGACCCAGCCCUGCCCACUGAACCUGCUUUUGGAGGAAAUAGGAAAAGAGCCUGGUGCCGGGGCUUUCUUCCGGGCAGUGACUGCCCCAGAGAGCACUGUAUUGGAAGCAAUCCUGAGGCAUAGCAAGCUGGUCACAGAGGCCAUCCAGCAGAUGACAGAGCUCAAACACUUCUCUUCAGAGGAUGAGCGCCUGGCUGAGAUUGUCAAAGAGAUGCUGAACAUAAUCUCCGAGACAGUGAGCCCUGAAGCGGCCCUGAGAACAUUGCUGAGCAGGGGGUCAGAGAAAUCUGUCUCGGUCUCUGCAAUCUGUCGCCUCCUGUGUGGUGUCCACAAGUCUUUCCCUAGCCUGCAACCCCUCAUACAGGAGUUGAUACAUGUUGGGUUUCUUACCAAGGAAAAUGGAGAGGAGAGGUUGACGGUGAGUGAUAGGUUUCACCCUGGAGCCAAGGACAAAGAGGAGAAAGCGGCCAAUGCAGCCAGAGAAGACUGCCAGCCUGUGGAACAAAAGGAUCAGGGGGAGCCUGGGUCCGUGCCAGAGCAACAAGAGAAAGACACUUCUGCCUCCACGGACUCUGCCAAGAAGAGCUUCAUCUGCAAAGCCUGUGACAAGAGCUUCCAUUUCUACUGUCGUCUGAAGGUACACAUGAAGCGCUGCCGGGUGGCCAAGAGCAAACAGGUGCAGGGUAAGGAUGGCGGAGAGACCAAGGACUCGGAGAAGGAGCUGGAGAAGCACCAGCCGGAGACCCACAGCACAGGCGGAGAGCCUGAUGCCCCCAAGAAGAAGAAGAAGCGGCUGCCUGUGGCUUGUGACCUCUGCGGAAGAGAGUUUGCCCAUGCCUCAGGCAUGCAGUACCACAAGCUGACCGAGCACUUCGACGAGAAGCCUUUCUCCUGUGAAGAAUGUGGGGCAAAGUUUGCAGCCAACUCCACCCUAAAGAACCACUUGCGCCUUCACACGGGGGACCGCCCAUUCAUGUGCAAGCAUUGCCUCAUGACCUUCACGCAGGCCUCUGCCCUGGCUUACCACACCAAGAAGAAGCACUCGGAAGGGAAAAUGUACGCAUGCCAGUACUGUGAUGCUGUGUUCGCCCAGUCCAUCGAGCUGUCCCGGCAUGUGAGGACCCACACUGGAGACAAGCCGUACGUCUGCAGGGACUGUGGAAAGGGCUUCCGGCAAGCCAAUGGCCUCUCCAUCCACCUGCACACCUUCCACAACAUAGAAGAUCCUUAUGACUGCAAGAAAUGCAAGAUGAGCUUCCCCACACUGCAGGACCACCGGAAGCAUAUCCACAAGGUGCACUCCAAGGAAUACCAUCCCUGUCCCACAUGUGGGAAGAUCUUCAGCGCCCCUUCCAUGCUGGAGCGGCACAUGGUGACCCAUGUUGGAGGGAAGCCCUUUAGCUGUGGGAUCUGCAACAAAGCUUAUCAGCAAUUGUCAGGUCUGUGGUACCACAAUCGGAUCCACCACCCAGAUGUGUUUGCUGCCCAGAACCAUCGGUCACCCAAGUUCUCAUCACUGCAGUGCAGUUCCUGUGACAAGACCUUUUCCAACACCAUCGAACACAAGAAGCACAUCAAAACAGCGCAUGCAGAUCUAAAGUUCCACGAGUGUGACCAGUGUAAGGAGCUCUUCCCCACACCAGCUCUGCUGCAGGUUCACAUCAAAUGCCAGCAUUCAGGGUCGCAGCCAUUCCGGUGCUUGUACUGUGCGGCCACCUUCCGCUUUCCUGGAGCCCUGCAGCACCACGUCACCACAGAGCACUUCAAGCAGUCGGAGAGCACCUUCCCCUGUGAGCUCUGUGGUGAGCUCUUCACCUCCCAGGCCCAGCUUGAUGGCCACUUGGAGUCUGAGCACCCAAAGGUAACAGGCGCUGAGACCCAGGCAGCUGCCCCUCAGAUGGUGCAGGUGAUCCAAGCUCCAGAGCCAGCAGCCCCAGCCGAGCAGGUGAUCACGUUAGAGGAGACUCAGCUUGCUGGCUCACAGGUGUUUGUGACCUUGCCAGAGUCACAGACCUCUCAGAACAGCUCUGAGCUUGUGGCAGUGACGGUGGAGGAUUUGCUGGAUGGUACUGUCACCCUGAUCUGUGGUGAGGCCAAGUGAAUGGCCGCUCUUCUAGUAGAGGGGACUGUACCAUACCCAAGAGGAAGCUCACAGCAGCCAGCCUCUGCUCUGGUGAGCCACUCAGCUCAGCUCCACCCUGGUGCUCUCUCUCAUUUGGAAAUCAUUGUCAUUUUCUUAGGAUCCAGUGUCUGAGCUGUCCGCUCUGACGCCAACACUGCCACCUGUGUGGCAGACAGUCUCAGUCCUCCAGGCUGCAGCUCAGGCCUAGAUUUCACCGACUCCCAAGGGAAGUCUGGCUUCUGAAAUCAGAGUCUGAAGGAGUAGUGGAUGGGAGCUGGUGGCCAAGGUGGCUGAGGGGACACAGCAUGCUGGGUACCCUCAGGAGCAGGGGAGUUACCUGAGCCCACAGACGGCCUGCAGACACCGCCAGUGCCUCUGCCAUAAAGCACCAACACAGUCUCCUGGUACCCCAGUUUGGCAGCCUGCCCUUCCCCAUCCUCCCCUCUGCUCAGGUGCCCCUCAGUUCAGCUCUACAGCAGGUGGCAAUGUUAACAGUACAGGAAGCCCUCCUGCUCUGCCCUUCCCAAAACAAAGCUUUGGAGCAUUGCUGCUGGGAGGCAGCGUCGUGUGAGGCUGUCCAGCUGCGUCUGUCUUCCUGGAUAUUCUUCACUGCAUUCCUUAAGGAGAGCUUCCCUGUGAUCCUCAGGCCUUCCACACCUUCCAGUAAUCGAGGCUGAAACAACAUCUCAGCCUGGAGACCUCUUGCCAGCUUGCUCCGGAGCAUGUGAUAGCCUAAUGAACAGCUCCUGGGGGCAGGCCUGUGCCUGAAUGUGAUGGAUGAGAAGCAUCCCAGGUGGCCUCUGCUUCUCCUGUCGCUGGCCCACCUGCCUGGUGCAGGGCCUGCUCUCUGGGCUCCCCUGGCUGCAGGCUUACUGCAGAUCGGUGCUCCAUACAAGUCUGAGUGUCACCGAGGCUUUUAUCUUUAGUUCCUGAAAUACAGUCUGGUAAUUGAUGGCUUGUAGAAUUCGGUUGGAAGUGCAAUUAGAUGGAUGUGGGUUCCUGCUGCUCAGAGAGAAGGGCUCGCAUUUAUCUUCCUUUCCUAGAAGCCCAAAGAUACAAGAGGGCUAGCACAGUUUUUGCCCAUCAGGCAGGGCUCCCUGCCACCUAGUGUGACUUGACUUCCUACAGAGGAGAAAAUGUCCUGAUUUGGUCACUUACCUUUAAGCCACCUGCUGUCAGAGAUAAGCCCGCCCCUUCUUGCCAAGUGCAGCUCACAUGACUAUGUGCAGAGAUGAGGGUCAAGUCUGGUCAUGGUGAGGUGGUUUACCACCAUCCCUGCAGCUGGCCCGCUGGAGGACAGGAGGUAGCAGUUUAACCACACAGCAGUGUUCAAGGGCUGCUCUGUGGCCUCAGCUGGGCACAGGCAGCCCAGGUGAGUGUCCAUGCUGGAUUCUAGCUCUGGCCAGCCUAUCCCAGUCAAGCCCACCUUCUUCAUUGUAUAUACAGGCUGCUUGAAUUUAUCAGCUAGGGAAUGUUUCUCUUUCUAAAAGUAAAUGUUUUUCAAAGCCAGUCAGCCUCAGAAAGCAAACACUGACCAGAAGAUGGUGCUCAAACAUCAAGGCUUCUCCUCCCUGGAAGCUCAGCACUCUCACACUGCGGCCUGCUGGCUUUCAGACCUGUGACUGCCAACCAGAGGAGCCCUUGAUCUGUAAGUGAUGUGUUGUCCCUUGGUCCCUCCACAUCAAGUAACCCACUGAAAAGCCGUGGAAUGGCACAUGCUUCCAGGCUGUCAGGAAUAGCACCUCACAAGCCACAGGGUGGAGUUUGGAACCAUUAUGAGUGUUAUCAAAAAAAGUCUCUUCCUGACAAAAGGCAAAAAAAUGCAUCGCUGAGGGCCUGUGAGGGAAAGUCAGCCUGAAUACGAAGAGCUGGAAGUUAGAGACCCAAGAGUCAGACCCUUCCCAGACUGAGAAACCCAGCCUUGGGCUUCCUGGGGACCCGGAUGGUGCUCAGGCACACACUCCCUUCAGUCACCAGAUGUAGUCUGCUGCAGAGAGCCGUAGGGUAGGGUUGGUAGGCUUGCCACCCACCCUUGAAUGCACAGCUCUGGCACGCACACUGCUGGGAGCCCUGCAGUGCCAGAUCUCACAGGAGCAUGGAGAGUGAGUUCUGUGCUGGUGACUGGUGGCCUCUGCAUCAGCUACCUGACUUUACAGAGACUCCAAAGAAACCUGGGGCAAGUCUGUCGCUGCUGCCCCAGAGGCCUGAACUACCGCAGAGGGCAUUGUUAAGGGGCCUCUUCAGUCCACGUUGCUUUUACAAUGGAAGUGUGGUUCCAUUUACUUCAUCCCCAUGAAUACUGACUCCUGGCCCUUGGGCAGCAGUCAGGAGUCUCCAGGUUCUGGGAAUUUGUGUAUUUACACAAUGGGGCCCCAGUCCUCCUCAGGGCUCCUGAUCCAGCCCAUCAUCCAUGUAUGGACAGCAAGCAGGAAGCUGAAGAGCAGAGACCACUGUGAGCAUCUGGGCCAGUGUAACAGAUGAAGAUCUUUCUCGAAUGUUUUAUAAGGCAUGGGUCUUGUGUCUCUGAAACUCCAUGUUGGAAAAGCUUUGAGUUCAGUCAAUACCCAAGUAUGUGGCUUAAGCUCUAGGCCUGCGUGCUGUGUCAUUCCAUGGAAGCCUCUGUCCCACGCUGAUCGCAGCGGGGAUUCCUCAGCCUCUUCCCUAGGGCCCGAGCUCCAGUGGUCAAAGCUGAGGGACAGACAUGCCAAAUAAGGAAAAAAGAUCUCUGCUCUCUUAGGGAUGGGAGAGUGUGCCUUUAAAUUUCAUGUGCCUGAGAACCUGUACUGACAAAAGCUGGAGACACUGACAGUCUCGCUUAGAGCAAGCAAGUGCUUCUAGGGGACAGGAGUUUCCUUUGGAACUAGAAAGUUGGCCAGUGGUGGCAAUGGUUCGCUCCAGUCAGCUCUCCCAGCCUCGCCUUGUUCUGCAGGGCCCUGAAUGUCACAGAAGAUACUUGGGAGUCUGGAAGGAAAGUGAAAGAUGUGGGGCCAAGGGAGUGAGAGGCAGGUUAAUAGUUUUGUUGCUAUGGAAACUUUGGGGCACUGAGAACGUAUACUAAAAACUCAGAAAGAAACUCAAACUUAUUCCAGUCUAACUGGGCCUAUAAAGAAGAGGAGAGUGGUGUAUUCUCUGGGGACCAUGCUGUUGAGGAAAUUAUUCCUUGGACUAAUUUAUAUGGCCUCCAAAUUAUAAAAAUGGUCAUGGUUGCCCUGAGCAAGGCCAGUAAUGCUUGUUUCUACCCAUGAGCAGGACAGCCAGCCCCAUAAGAUGUUGUAUAAACUGGAUUGCAAACUAGAACUCCGCUCAACCUGCACUGUUGCUAGAAAUAAAGUAUGUAGCGUGAA